AUGCAGGCGUAUAAUGCCAGACGUGGUUUACAACCGGCCACCGCGGACGAGUGGGACGGAUAUCAAAUACCAGAGUAUAAAACGCGCCGGCAGAAGAAGCCCUUAUCAGCCGAGCUGGGCAUAGACAUGACAUAUUUAGUAUACCUGCUGGCAGCCGUCAUUCUAUGUGGCUUGUUUCUUUGGACUUUCUCAGGAGAUUCACAAAGGGGAAG